AUGAAAUCAAAUUACAACGGAACUUAUUAUACUCUUUCUCUGAAAAAUGUCAAUCGUGAUGGAAAAGGUUUCGUUGAUUUUGAAAAAAUGCAAGGGAUAGAAGGAAUCGCUCUAGCUAAUGUAGUUAGUAACACUAAUGAAGUAAUCAUUGGUGGAUCAGCUAAAAAAUUUCAAUCAAGAAUUACAUUUAAUGAUGUUGACUCCACCCACAAAGGAUUCAGAGGCUCUUCUUCAGCUGUAGGAUUAAUGAUUGGUGUAGGCAAUGUUGGAGAUUAUCUCUCUCCUUACUCUGAUGGCAAUACAUUCUUGACCCGAGAUGGUGGUGUCACAUGGACUGAAGUUAAAAAAGGUGCAUAUAUGUAUGGAUUUGGAGCUCAAGGUUCUAUUCUGGUUUUAGUAGAUGAUGAAACGCCCACAAAUCAUAUUUUGGAAUUCCUUUUGCGAGGACGUUAUCUAGGCGAUCCUGAUAGUGAAGUGGUGUUUUAUCUCAACUUUGCUCCCAAGUUGACCGAGAAAUAUCCUAUGACAGAUUCUCAAUCAUUUUUGUCAAAUAUGCUUGAAUCAUUUAUGGACAUUAUUUCACAAAUCCUUUCAAAGAUUUCUUUACCAAGAUCUGGCAACAGAUAUAGAUAUAGACCCGUAUCUCAAGAUGAUCCUAAUGAUGUUUUGUUAAACGAAUAUGAUGAUGAUAAUCAAGAGUUGUAA